AAGCACCAGUGGUCUAGUGGUAGAAUAGUACCCUGCCACGGUACAGACCCGGGUUCGAUUCCCGGCUGGUGCACAACCUUCGAAGCCAUGACGACAUCUGCGCUCUAGUGAAGGCUAGGGUUCUUCGCAAUCGGCUGAUCUUCAGACGACAGUAGCAGCGCUUCUGAGCUUCUCUUUUUUUUUUUUUUUUUUUUAUGUUUAGUAGUCUCAUGCAAAGUAAAUCAAUGCAACUCUUAUGCCAAUUUUCCAAAAAUUCAAUCUUUAAUGGCUUCUAAAUCGCUUGCCCACUUCACCCAUCACCUUGACCCACCAUUCUCUCUUAUAGAAUCCAGCAAAUCCAUGGACCAACUCAAACAAAUCCACGGCCAAGCCAUAGCUUCAGGCCUAAUAGAAACACCCAUUUUCCUAAACAAGGUUAUUUCCUUUUGUUGUAUGAAUAAAUUCGGUGACAUGGACCAUGCACUCAAACUGUUCGAUCAAAUUCCUGAACCGAAAACCGUCUUCCUUUGGAACACAAUGAUCAAAGGUUACUCUAGGAUUCAUUCUCCAAAACAUGGGAUUUUAUUGUAUUUAAACAUGUUAAGACAGAAUGUUAAGCCUGACAAUUACACCUUCCCUUUCCUCUUCAAGGGUUUUGACAGAAAUGUUGGGUUUUCAUGUGGGAAAGAGUUGCAUUGUCAUGUGGUGAAAUUUGGGUUUGGUUCCAAUGUUUUUGUGCAAAAUGCACUGAUCCAUAUGUACUCCUUGUGUGGACAAAUGGAAAUGGCACGUCGGGUUUUCGAUAUUAGUUGUAAAACUGACGUGAUUACUUGGAAUGUGAUUAUAACAGGAUAUAAUAAAACGAAGCAAUUUAAUGAAACGAGUAAGCUUUUCGAUGAGAUGGUGAAGAAUGGAGUGGUUCCUUCUUCGGUUACAUUGGUUUCUUUGCUGUCAGCUUGUUCUAAAUUGAGAGAUUUGAAGGUCGGCAAGCUGGUUCACGAGUAUAUCGGAAAAUGUGAGAUAAAGCCGAAUUUGAUUCUGGAAAAUGCUUUGAUGGAUAUGUAUUCAGCUUGUGGAGAAAUGGAUGUAGCAAUUGGGAUAUUUGAUAGGAUGAAAACAAGGGAUGUGAUUUCAUGGACUACUAUAGUUUCGGGGUUUAUAAACAAGGGAGAGAUUGAUUUGGCAAGAACUUAUUUUGAUCAAAUGCCUGAAAAAGAUUAUGUUUCAUGGACUGCAAUGAUUGAUGGGUAUAUUAGAGUGAACUGCUUUAAAGAGGCAUUGAUAUUGUUCCGUGAGAUGCAAGCUUCGAAUAUACAACCGGACGAGUACACCAUGGUGAGUAUUCUUACAGCUUGUGCUCAUCUUGGGGCAUUACAAUUAGGAGAAUGGAUAAAGGCUUAUAUUGAUAGAAACAAAGUCAAGAAUGAUGUCUUUGUUGGAAAUGCUUUGAUCGACAUGUAUUUCAAAUGCGGAAGCGUUGCGAAAGCUAAACGAGUAUUCUUUGAAAUGCCUCGGAGGGACAAAUUUACAUGGACAGCCAUGAUUGUUGGUCUUGCUAUUAAUGGCCAUGGUGAAGAAGCUCUUAGCAUGUUCUUUGAAAUGCUAAGAGCUUCAAUAAAACCAGAUGAGAUAACUUAUGUUGGUGUUCUUUGUGCCUGCAGUCAUGCCGGUUUGGUAAACGAAGGACGAAAGUUCUUUGCUACCAUGACUGCAGAACAUGGGGUCGAACCGAAUGUAGCCCACUAUGGGUGUAUGGUUGAUCUUCUAGGCCGAGCCGGACAUUUACAAGAAGCUUGUGAAGUUAUAAAGAAUAUGCCAAUGAAACCGAAUACGAUCAUUUGGGGAGCUCUUCUCGGUGCUUGUAGAGUACAUAAAGAUGUCGGAAUUGCCAAAAUGGCAGCUAAAAAUAUUCUCGAAUUAGACCCCAAAAACGGGGCUGUUUAUGUUCUGCUGUGUAAUAUAUAUGCAUAUUGCAAAAAAUGGGAUAGUCUACAUGAGCUAAGGGAGUCGAUGCAUAGAGGAAUCAGGAAGACCCCAGGCUGCAGUUUGAUUGAGAUGAAUGGAGUUGUUCACGAAUUUGUGGCCGGCGACCAGUCACAUCCUCGAUCAAAAGAAAUAUACUCGAAGUUAGAUAAUAUGACAAGGGACUUAAAACUUGCAGGGUAUUCCCCGGACACUUCCGAGGUGUUCCUCGACAUGGGGGAGGGAUACCAGCAUAGCAAGAGGUUGGUGUUGGCAGCCGGGUUGAUUAGUUCGGAUCCUGGGGUUAAGGACUAUGAAGAACCUUAGAAUGUUAUCGUUAGAGACCGAACUCGAUUCCAUCAUUUCAGGCUCGAAUCAUGUUCAUGUAAAGAUCAUUGGUGAGAGUUGAAUUAGACAGGAACUAACAUUCAUUCAUUUAGUCUGGUCUGAGUUAAACAACAAUGAUUUGUACUUUGGGCUGUAUUAAGAAUUAUUAAACCCUCUUACAGUUUGGCUAA